AUGCCUUGCACUCGCGCUCAACUGCAAUCGUGCCCGACGCAGAUGGAAGAAGUGACGGGCUGCCCUUAUUUCUUGGGCAAGUCCGGCGCGACCCGGGCCAGCCAGGUCCUCUCGCAACCCUCAGUCCCCAACCAUGGUUUCGUGAUUCGCGAGUCCGAAUCGGCUCCAGGCAGCCUCACGCUGUGCAUCAAGACCAUGGACAACAUCACCAACUUUAAAAUCAAGCAGGCUGGCCCGCAAUACUUUAUCAAGCAAGGCGAAGUCUUCUCUUCAAUCAACCAGCUCUUGUCUGCCCUCACCACCUCGGGCUUUGAGUCGCAAGGCCGCCACCUCCGUCUCAUUCCCAUCGACAGUCGAACUUGCACCCCCACAUUCAUCGCCAAUCGGGGCCCCGCUCGCCCUGGGCCUUCCGCGACUCCCGAUCGCAGCGCCACGUUGCCCCACCGCAGCUCAGGCCUUUUGUCUGGUAGCGUCCCACCUCCCUUGCCCCAGACACAGCGCCCCAACCAGCGGGCGUCUCCCACUCCAGGAAGCGCACCGCCCCCAGUGCCACAAACGCAACGACCGACAUUGGGAUCGCGCAGUUCCACCCUUCCUGUGGGCACGUCCCUUGCUGCCAUGGCCGCUGCAGCUCCGCCUGCUGUACCCUCAACUCCCCGCCCCGGCAGUGGCUCGCCUCCCGUACCCUCAUCGCCCCGGCCCUCCGAUGCGGCUUCCACGUUGCCCCGCAAUCGAGCUGCUCCCGACCCCUAUGGCCAACACGUGCAUCACUCCGGUCCAACGUCUGGCUCCCCACGGGCUAGCAUGGGGGCACCUCCCCCAGGCGCCACACCGCCGGACGGCAUCGUGUAUGGCAAUGCCGUGACUCGCUCUGGUGUGGCCCUCCCCGUGGCCACGCCGCCUUCUGCCGCCUCUCCGGCAUUCGGUGGCGAAAACGUCCCGUAUGGCCAAAAAGUGAGCCGCUCAGCACCCGUCCCCGCCAAUCAGGAGGAUGAUGACCUCUAUGAAGCCGUUCCCAACGAUGGGAGUCGGCCCAAGCCUUUGGGUCGUCCCCAUGCGACGCUCGCCCCGGUCCGUCCAGACCUCGACGAUUAUGACGACCUGGAUGAUUACGAGUACACCAACGAGGAAUUGACCUUACCACCUCCCAACUCCUUUCACGCGGUGAUCGCGAUACAGGAAGAUGAAUAUUCUCAUUUGGCCCAGCCUGGUACCUUUGGGCAGCUUCAAUCAGACAGCACAUCCAAUGUGCAGGCCUCGCCCGCCGUCAUGGUGCGGAUGCCCGAGGACAAUUACGUCAAUGCAGCCGCUAUUCAAAUGCAGCGUACCAGCCUGACACCAUAG